AUGUGUUCAGCAGUUAAAGGUCCAAAGGAAAGUUUAAACUCAAUUUUAGUUUCUAGUGAUUUGCGCAGUUGCCGGCGGGUGACGGGCGGAGGUGACAGCUGUACUGCGCAUGCGCUGACCGCCAUAUUGUUGCCUCGUGAUCAAAACACAGCUUGUCAGGAUUUUGCUGCAAAUAACUUGGCUUACAGUCAAACAAAACAAGACUAUGAUCUGCAGAAUGUGAUCAUGAGUGAUUUGGGUCUUGGCAAUAGCCCAGGGCGUCAAAGAAGGUCAACAGAAAGGAGUAGAGAAAACAUACGGGAUUAUGUUAAAUUACUUGGCAGAAAGUUCUCGGAAACUUCUGAACAAAUAUCUCCUCGAAGUUCAGAAGGAAAAUCACCUGUGAGCACAUCAUCAAAAUCCCAGUCAGAUGAAGAACGGUUAGAAGAGGAGGCUUCAUCAACACAGCUAAACAUGUCAGAAAAGCAAGAAGUAUCACUAAAAGAAAAAUUAAUGGAAUGUUCUGUUGCGCCAGAAGAAUCCCCAAAAGCAAGCAGGAAGUUAGACACCAAAAUUUCAUCAACUUCCAAUCAGGACCCUGUUGAUCAUGAUCCAGUGAAAAAUGAAAAAGUAUGUGAUUCAAAAAUAAAAACAGAUAUUCAGGUAAUUGGUGAAAAGUCAGUCAUAACUUCUGAAUUGGGAACAAUUUCAUCUCCUGACAAAGAUAGAGAGUCCAAACAAAAUAGUCUCGCAAAGAAAGAUGACAAGAAUAUAUUAUACUCUGAUACUAAAAAUAAGGAUGUAACUGAAGGGUUCUGUGGGUUUGACAGUAAAGAAAUGCAGAAAUGUGGGGAAGCAAAUAGGACUGCGGCUGCAAGCACUUCAAGCAAAAGAUCUACGCCGAAAUCUGAACAAACGGAGCCCAAAAGUGAUUCUCCUCCAGAUCUGAUUCUCUUUUUGAAGGAAGGACGGGGAAGAGCACAAAACUGGUCUGAACCACCAACACUAGAUCCAGAAAGCAUCGCAACCAGAAGGCGGACACGAGUUCCGGAAGAUCCAAAAGCUUUGGCACAAAGCAAAUUAAAAUCCACACUGCAAGAUAAGAGUAAGAAAGAUUAUAAAGAAAUGCAAAAGAAAGAUGGGAAAAAAGAUAAAAAAAUUAAAGUAAUGGAUACACCUGAAUCAUUAAAAAGACUUGCACAAGAUUAUCCUUUGAAGGAUUCUACCAAACUGUCUUGUACAAGUAAACAAGAAAUUUCUGAGAGUAAUGCUGAAACAAAAAUGGUAAAAAAAAUUAUUGCUAAGAAUGUAAAGCCGAGUGAAUGCAAGGCAAAGAUAAUUGUUACACCUGCUAGUUCUGAUGAUGAGCUGGAGACCAAUUUGGGGAAGAGACGUCAAGGAAAGAAGAAAACGGUAAGUGGCUUAUCUUCGGUAAAGUCAGUCGAUAAUUCCAAAGGCAGUCCUAAAGUUCCUCAGUCCUCAAACGAUACUCUGGCAUCUGAAACUAGCUAUUUAAAUUUAGACACAAUUUUACACCAAAUGUCUGAAAACAAGGCUGAUAGCAGAAUUCCUGUGGUAAUUAUGUCAAAUUCUGAUGGAGAUGGAAAUGCAAAUAAAGCAAUGCCGAGGAGCAAGAAGAAAGCCACAUCUCCAGAAAAAGCAGACAAAGCUGUUUUAAAGAUGGCUGUUUCCAUCAAAUCAGAUUCUGAUGAAAAACAACUUAGCAAAGAAAAUGUAUUCAUGGAGGAUAGUGCUUCCCAUAUUAAAAAUAUACAAAAGGCUUCUGAACUUAAUAAGGAAGAGGUUAAAAUUACCGAAUACAAAGGUGCAGAACAUGUUGUGCAAGUUAGUCCAAGUAAUGUGGUUGUUAAUGUGGAUUCCAAAGACGACAAUAAGGAGAAAACUGAUAGCGUUCAUUGCAAAGCUACUCAGAGCUUACCUGAGCCCCUUGAAAAUAAUAUAAUAAAAAAAGAUCAGACCAGUGAAACCAGUAACACUGCUAUCACCAAGAGUAUUCCUACAAAAAGCCAGAGUAUGAUAAAAGUACCUGUUAGUAAGGAAGGUGGAAUAAAUCAUCGUGCCCCAAGGCCUGUGGUAAGCAGUACUUCAGGGUCACAAGCUGUAUUCACUUCAUCAAUGCUGAAAUCGCCAGUAAAAGCUUCAGGAACUCAAAGUUCACAUAAGCCUCCACUUGUAGUAAGUGUAUCAGAUUUUCUUUCAUUUAGGGUGGCAGCAGUAAAUUCUGGAGCUAGUAAUCUCCCACCAAGAAAGUUGAAUUUAAAAAUACCUAAUCUUAAAGGAAUUAGAACAGAUCAGCUACUUAGAAAUACUGUGGGACUUGGAAAAGAAUCUCUCAUUAUUAAAGGAGGUAUUCUUCACAGUAGAACAAAAAUUGUUUCAAAUAAUGGAGAUGGUAGGUCCCAUCCUCAAGUUUUUUCCAAUCAGCUGGUGAGUUUAUCUGGGCAAAAAGGUCCUAUGCUUGAUUAUACAGAUAUUGAACCUGAAGAAGUUGUUGUAGGAGAGAGUGAAGAUUCUAGCAGUCAGAUGUUAAGUGUAGGAGAACUUCCAGCAGAAAUCGACUUGCGAGCUAAUGAACAGCUUGACAGUAGCAGUGAAGAGGAGAGUACUAAAGUACCAGAACCUUUGCCCUCUCUCAAAAAGGAUGUGCUAUCUCCUGAAGGAAGGGUUGCACUGGAUCAUUCAUAUUCAUCAGGGAAUAUGGAAAAACCUAAAGCAUCAAAUAUUACCCAAAAGAAGUCACCUGUCUCAUAUGAGAAGACUUUAACUCCACGGCCUGUGUACAGUAGUGCUAGUGUAGCCAAACGCUCAUUAGAUAUCAUGUUGCAUAAUGACAAGAUCAACAUUUUGCGACAGAUGAGUCAAAUUUUCAACCACGAGAAACCAGUUCAACCUGACACAGAUAAUACAGUGUCAAGUUCUGAUGGAGAAGAUGAAGAAGACAUGAAAGCUAACCAGAUUAAUGUAGGUAUUAAUACAAACUGGAGUAAGCUUACAAAAGAAUUUAAACAUACCAAGGAUGUUAUUGUUAAUGUUAAUGAUCCUAAUACCAGGAAGAGCUUAUCAGAAGGUUCUAAAAUAAAUAUAGAGCUAGACAAAAGUUCUAAAACAAUUGAAGUGCACUCUGCAGGAUCUGACAUGGCACCAGCUUUGCUAAUUACUUCUGAUAAGAAUCCUGCUUCUCCAUCCAAAAUAUCUUCUUUGGAAUCUAAUGUAGAUAUCACUAAAAGAGUUGAUUCCAGUAGUGGUACCCCAAAGGAUGCUCCAAGUUCUUCCUUGGAAGUUGAUAGUAGUGUGAAAACUUCCUCGUCAACAAGUAGCAGCACUGCAAAUGUACCAGAAGGAAAGAAGGAUAAGAACAGUCUUGUUAGAACUUCGGGUACUGUUGAAUGUCCAUUUCUUGGCUUUCCAGACACUGAAGCAAAAGUUCACCAUGUGCCAGCUUAUUCAGUAGCCUUAGAUGAAAUGAUUCAUGUUCAGAGUACUAUAGGGCCUGAGGGAGAGGUGGUGGACAUAGUUGAUGGCUUUGCAUUUAUUUCAUUUUCUACAGAGAAAGAAAUGAACACUUAUUCUGUCAAGCAGAAUACAAGAGGUGAGAAAGGCCAUCGUCCAUGGCUAAGGAAAAAGAAAAAGAAACGAAGGAAAUUAUUCUGUAAAGUCAAGAAAAGCUCUCGUGCUGGUGGGCAUGAAGUACACAAUUUAAGUGAAAGUGCUUCACAGUUAUCAAGAGGUAAAAGUAGCACCAAUGACACAGGAGCAUUUGCAAGUAAUGAUCUGGAGGAUUAUUUAAAUCUUAAUUCCCAUCUCAAUAUCAGCUAUACCAUCCCAAAGUGCAAAGCAACAGAAGAGGGCGUUACAAAACUUGACGAAGAUGGAUUACCACAGGAAAAUAAAUUUAAAGAAAUUCCAGUCAUGGUUCCCGAAUCAAUUUUGAUGCAAUCACAGGUUACUGAGGCAUUGGAGGCGAAUAAUACACAGCCUUCAGUUGGAGACAGUAUGCCUGACCAAGUUCAACAGUAUGAAGAAGUAAAUGCUAUUGAUAUCCUAUAUCCAAAAGAAAAAUAUAAAUACUAUUAUAACAAAGAAUUAUGUAAGGAAACAAAGGCAGAUGGCUCAAAUGUGUUUGUGAGACGAGCAGGAAAGCUUGUUCCUCUAACCAGCAUCCUUAACAGCCAAAAACCUAAGAUGCAUGAAACUAGUAACAAGGAAACUGCAGAACUUGUGUAUAUAUAUGAUAGAGGGAAGCUAAUAACCCUUGGAGGAUCUCUAACAAAGAUAAACCCAUCAAAUUCUGAUUCUGUUCGAGCACGAGUCAUUUUGCCAAUUGGAACACCACCAAUUAUGAAAGGAGAGGUGCAAAGACAAGCAAAGAAAGUACAAGCUGUUGAGAUUAAUGAGGAUAUGGCUAAAUUUGCUCUAUCAGCUUUGCAGAGUCCAAAUGCAAAAGAAGAAAAGUUAGAAGUUGACAAAAAAUGUGAAAAUCAAGAAACUAUAGGACCUAGCAUAAUUAAUAAUGAAGAGAAAGUUGAGAAGAGUGUAUCUCAAGAAAAGUGUGAAGAGAAAGAAGUGUCCGAGAAAGUUCCUGAAAAAGUGUCUGUUGUGCCAACAAAGAGAAAUAUAUUGGAUAUUAUUGCCGCCAAACUAGCAAUGUCAGAUGAAGAGAGCGAUGAGAGGGAUGAUAAAAUGGAAGAACAUGUACCAAACAUAAAAAGCUUAUCAGAAAACAUUGUUCAUGGAGAUGAGAAAAGCAAGAAAUCUGUGGAAAAUGUUGAUUUGGAAGAUAAGAAAAGCCAGAAAUAUGGAGAAAAUAUUGCUAUGGGAGAUGAGAAAAGGCAGAAACCGAAGGAAAAUAUUUCUGUUGGGGGCGAGAAAGGUCAGAUAUCUGAAGAAAAUAUUGCUGUGGAAGAUGAGAAAUGUCAGAAAUUUGUGGAAAAUGUUUCUAUAGGAGAUAAGAGAAACCAGAAAUCUGUGGAAGAUGUUUCUAUGGAUGAUGAGAAAAGACAAAAGGAUUCGGAAAAUAAUGCUGCAGGAGAUGAGAAAUUGUCACCUGCAGAAAAUAUAGCCAUAGAAGGUCAGAAAACCCAGAAAUGUAUGGAAAAUAUAGCUAGAAGAGAUGCAAACAGCCAGAAACCUGCUGAUAAAAUAUCUAUAGAAGAGAAAAGCAAGAAACCUGUGAAAAAAAUGGAUGUGGAAGAGAAGAGCAAAAAGUAUUUGGAGAAAAUUGCUGUGGAAGAGAAUAAGAAACCUGUGGAGAAAAUUACUGUGGAAGAUAAUAGGAAACCUGUGGACAAAACUGCUGUGGAAGAGAAUAAGAAACCUGUGGACAAAAUUGCCGUGGAAGAGAAUAAGAAAUUUGUGGACAAAAUUGCUGUGGAAGAGAAUAAGAAACCUGUGGACAAAACUGCUGUGGAAGAGAAUAAGAAAUCUGUGGACAAAAUUGCCGUGGAAGAGAAUAAGAAAUUUGUGGACAAAAUUGCUGUGGAAGAGAAUAAGAAACCUGUGGACAAAACUGCUGUGGAAGAGAAUAAGAAAUCUGUGGACAAAAUUGCCGUGGAAGAGAAUAAGAAAUUUGUGGACAAAAUUGCUGUGGAAGAGGAUAAGAAACCUGUGGACAAAAUUACUGUGGAGGAGAAUAAGAAACCUGUGGACAAAAUUACUGUGGAAGAGAACAAGAAACCUGUGAAAAAAGUAGCUGUGGAAGAGAAGAGCAAGAAACUUGGGGAUGAAGAUGGAACAAAAAAUAGGAAGAGGUACACUAUCAAAGAAAAUUCAGUGAAGGUUGAGAAUAAGGAAGCUGUGAAUAUGUCAGAGAACAAAGUAUCUGUAACCUGUUUAGCUGCAAAAGAGCUCAAGAUGACCAAAGAAGAGCCAGCAGUUGAGGUAUCAGCACAGAAAUUAACAGAUCUCAGUCAGCUUAACAAUGAUGAUCUUGAUACCAAAGAGAAGCCUGUUGAUGGUGUGAGAAAUGAUCAGGCAGAAAAUAAUGUAAAAAAAGAAGGGGAAGUUAAAGAAUCGAGUAGAGAUAUUACACGGACUAUAGAUGCUGAAAAAAAGGAAGUAGAUAAGUUAUAUAAUAAUUCUGCAAUUAAAGAUGACAAAGAUCAAAUCAAAGACUUAGUAGGAAGUAUGAAAGAGUUAGAUGAACAAAAAUCAGUGGUUGACACAAAUAAAGUGCAUCUUGAAGAGAGUAAAGGAACAGUGAGCAAGACUUGUGAUGUUGAUGCUGAUCCCGUAGAUGCAAGCAAAAACAAUUCUGCUCGGGUUCAUUUAGAGGUAGAAAAUGGUGAAGAAAAUAUUCAAACCUCAGUUCCUGGAAUUAUAGAAUCUGAAAAGACUGCUGAUACCAAUUUUGAAAAAGCUGAAGGAAAGUCCAGAGUUUUUAAGAAAAAUAUGUAUCGAUUUCCUUCAUUGUCAAGAGAAAUGAAACGACUGAACAUGAAUUUUGUGAAGUACGUUAUGCAAGAAAAUACAGCAGAAGAUAUAAUGGAAAAAGAAGUGAUGAAGAAUUGUACAAAUGACUACUGCAAACUUGGAUGUGUUUGUGACACUUUGACAUGUCGACGGCGAAGUAUGGAGCACUGUGGUCGUGUUGAAUGCAUGUUUGAAUGCAGCUGCCGAGAUGAGAGUUGGAAGCACUCUGUAUCAGGUACUGGGAGGACCAUGAAUGCUGUUUCAAUUUACAAUCUGGACCGUGAACAAAAUGAAGGACUUGCUUUACGAGAAAAGGACUUCAGGAAGACAGUAAUUCAAACUGGAUCUGAGGUUAUUUUGGUGGGAGCAGAGAGAAAGAAAAGAGAACGUAGGAUUCCCGGCAGGUACAGAGAUUCUGCUCUGUGGACAGGGAGUGAUUACAUUGCCUCAGAUAGCCCAUGCCCCAGCGAACCUGAGAUUCCACCACUGCCAGAUUUUCCAAGUAUUCCAUUGUCUGAAGUUUCCAGAUACAUCAGACCUUUCAAGUUGAAUAUUCCAUGGUAUGAUAUCAAAGGUAUCAGUGUCUGGUGUAUGGAUCACUCGUGUUAUGAUUGUAGAUGUCUGAAGGAUGUCAGCUACAACACUCGAAAAGCGGAUGUAAUAGAAAAAAGUGAGAUGGUUUUUGAUGAUGGUCAUAUUUCCAAUUCAUGGAGUGCAGUUGAUACAUUUGAGGAAGCUUUAUUAGAUAAAGAAAAAAGUGCUUUAGCAUCACCCUCUCGAGGCUCUAAAUUAGAGCAUCUUGAUUGCCCAUCAGUUGUUGGUUGUAGUAUUGUAAAUGUUGUUGUUAAUAAUACUGAAGCCAAACGCAACUACAGAUGGAAACUAAAAAAUUGGUUCCACUCUAUGAAAAAUCACUGUGCACGAACUUGUGGUUAUUCAAAAAAAGACAUCAGCGAGGAAACAAAGUAUAUGACACUUAGUGGUCUUGCUGCCAGAGAAAUUACCCCAGAACAAAUGGUGGAAACUGUUGUUAAAUCCCUUAGGCAUCCAAAAGAAAAUGUACAUUCUUCCAUAGCUCCAGCUGCAGGAAAUUUUGAAUCCUUCAUGAAUGACUCUCUUGUAAACUUACAAAAUGCUUUGGGAAUUACUUCAGAUAAUGUUGAAUUGAAAGCUGAGACGCUUGAAAUUAGUAAUAAAACAGUUCCCCUUGUGGACUUGACCUCUAGUAAUUUGGAUGAGUUGGGCAUCUCGCAUUCACCUUCCAAAUCCCCAAAAAUGUUAAAGAAAAAAGUACAAAAGACAUUGCCUGAUUCUCCAAAAGAUGUUACAAAAAUUGUUGUAAGUAAAAGGAGUAGGUCACAUGAUGAGUGUUCGGUAAGCCCAUCACCAAAGAAGUGGAAGCAGUCAAGUAUCCAGGAGGAGAGUGCAAAUCAGGUCUCUUCAUCUGUAGUGUGUGUGUCUCCAGAUGAGAAUAAUGCAUCUGCGACACCUGUAAAAUCUGUAAAUAAUGAUAAGGCAUGUGAAGAAUCUGAAGGGAAAAGAGUAGCUAGAAAACCAUUAUCGCUUCUGGAGAUGAUGGUUGCAGAAGAAAAGAGAGGAGAACUUGAGCUUGAUCUGACAAAUAACUUCCCAGGAAAUGCACUUCUGGUUGCUGAAGCACGCUUCCGGAAACUCAUUAACAUGAACAUUAUUGGUGUUGUUGGAAUCAACAAAGCUGGGAGGUGUAUCAUUGGUACAGUUGACUCCAUAGAAUCUCUGAGAGUAAUGCAACGAAUUCAUAAUAUGAUAAGCAACAGCACCCUUGAUGUUGGGCCUAAUAUGCGAGAAAUAUUUUUCCCUCCACCAUACACUGGAACAAGACCAAGGUUUGUCAUGAUCCGCUGUGAUUUGAACAGCAAGUGGGAAAUUGUUGGAGUCGUUCAAAAGAAAGGACCAAUGAAGACUUCUAAUCACCCCGAGCAAAAGGCAAAAUCGAGCAUGACACAAAAACCUUCAUCAUUUAUUCCCCAAGUUAUUGAUUUAGAAGAAGAAGAGAAGCAGAAGGAGCUGCAGAGGACAGACAAACCUGAUGUUGUCAUUCUGCCUUCAGAGGCAGAUGGACCUGAUGCAGGUUCUGAAUCAUCUUCAGAGAGAGAUAGUGGGGCAUGGGAAGGCAGCUUGCCUCUUAUAGCAAGUGUCCAUAGUGCUUCAGACUCUAACAUGGCUGAGCUGAUUGGAUCUCCAGAAAGAAUUUGUGAUUCAGUAGACAAAUUGCCAUUAUGUGAAAGCUCAGUGUCAUUUAAACAACCCUCUACAACAAAAUCUAUUCCUGACUUGGUUCCAAUUUCUACAGGCUCAGUAGAAGAAUUAAAUACUGAUAUAUCUCAAGGACAGGAAAUUGUGAAGUCUCAGGGUACUUUGCCAGUAAGUGGAAUAAGAAUUAAUCUUCAGCAGCAGAGUGAUCAACAGCUUUAUUUUGUACCAACAGCACUAAAAACUUCAACAAAGACUACAAGUACAUUACCUGCACAAGCAACCUCGUCUCCAGGCAUGAGAACAUUUAAGCUAAAUCAGAGUAGUGGGCGAGUAUUUGGAGAUUCUCCCAGUGAAAAUCUGUUGUCAUUCUGCCAUUCUUUAGCAUCUCCAGUACUUUCUCCUCAAAGCUCUCAGUCAACUGUAUUGGAUUCUGGUUCUUCAGGAAAGCUACCUCUAAUUCCAAAGAAAGGGAAUUCGGGUUCCUCUACUUAUUCGUUAUCUGCCACAGAAAGUAAUACUCCAUUUAAAGAUGACUCGUGCAGCAAUGCACCAAAGGUAAAUGAUGGUCUAGUUCCAAGCAGAAGAGUUUUGUCACCAGUCGUGCCAUUAGGUACAGCUGUGCGUGCAGCUAUGCAGACAAAAAUUGGGGAUGGUAUUGCUGUAAAUCAAAAUGUAACGGCUUCAACAACACCAAGCUCAAAAAUGUUGUACAUCCCAGUAAGUUCUGGGUGCUUGUCAAAAAUGGUAUUUGUACCAACAGUUAGUGGCGGGCCAUCACCACGGAUGAUGUUGCUACCCACUAUCCCUAGUAGUAGCGGUGGAAUAGACAACAGCAAGAUGAAAAUGGUCCUAAUGCCAUCAGCUCAGGACAACAGUAAAAUGAUUCUUCUUCCAGCAACUACAGACACUGGAGAAGCCCUUACAGCUAAUGUGCCAAGUUCAAGUGGGUCUAGUGAAAAUGACUCAAAGAAGAUGUUAGUCCUCCCUUCUAAUGUUUUAGGUAACUUAAUUGCAAGACCACCAUCAAAUAUUGAUCAGAGAUCAAAGAUUUUGCUUCCAAGACCAACAAUUCUCAAUGAUACACCAUCUUUUCAGUCUACUUGUACAGGUACUCUUCUUGUACCCAUUAAAAGUGCUGGAACCUUACCACUUAAGUCGUUUCAAGUUGAUGAAGUUACUUCAGUAGAAAAAGAUGAAGAUAAUAUUGCAGGUCCAGAACUAAGUAAAGAGAGUAGUGAUCCAGAUAACUCUGAUGAUGUUGUUGUGAUAGGACCAGUAACAAACAGUCUUACCAUCACUCGUGUUAGAACUGCAUCUGAAUCGACAUUCCAACGACCAGAAUUAAACUCUGGAACCACAUGCACAUCACAAUCACUAUCGAUAGUGCCAGCACCUUCAGUUUCCAGCAGUGGUAAAGCAGAAACUAAUGUUGUGUCUUCUGUAAUAACUGUUUCAAGUACGAUGCCUGGAAACACGCCACUUCAGAAAGAUUCUGGUACACACAGGCUAUCAAGUAAUAUUUUACACAAACAAACUGAAGGUAACCCUUCAAAUUCCUCGGAGGAUAUGGUUAUUGUCAAAACAUCUCUGAAUUCACUUCAGCUGAAUGCUUUACUUCAAAGUACACACAAAGAGCUGCUUAAAACUAAAGAUGAUUGCUCUGUUAUUAGUCCCGAUAAAACUUUAGAUUCAAAAGAGGUGCCAAACAAGGAAGAAGCAUUAUCUGUGGGUAAGCAUAGUAAAGAUCAUUCAAAAGUGUCAGUGCCAAAUGCAAGCUCUGUUGUAGCUACUGAACAAAAAACUAUUGAUGAAAUAGAGGAAGUUGGGAGUAAACAAGUACAAAUAAAAAAAGGUGGUUACCAUUGGAGUGCAGUGGAUCUUUCUCUCAACUUCAAAAGUGUUAAGCUGGAAUGGCUGCUUGGUACCAUUAGGAAAAAUGUGUUAAUGAAUAUUUAUCGAAUGUCACUUAAAACACAUUCUCCAGUUACGUUGAGUGUAAAAAAUGGCACGUCGACUUCUAUGCUGUAUGGUUUAGCAAGAGGAGGUUAUGCUAAAAAAGAAGGAGACCCUCAACUGCCAAUUCUUAUUUUGGGUUCUGUUGUAUCAGCUGUCAUGAGUUCAUCUUCUACACCUGAUGCUGUUCUUUUUCAAGUUAAUGCUAUUAAAUACUUUAUUAGGGAAAAUACUGGAGAACUUUCAUCAUACACCUAUGAUGUAAGUGGAGACUUUUUAGUAAAACUAGCAUCCAAGAAGAGAGGACAUGGUGGAGAAAUGAUAGGUAUUGGUGAAAAGGUGCCAAUACAGAAAAUGAGAGAAUUAAGCAACGUUGUAGAUAAUUCUUGUAAUGAGACAAGGAAAACUGAUACUGGGAAUGCAGAAGAAAAAUGUACUCUGCCAAUAAAGUCUAAAGUGCAAGACUGCAAUACAUGUAGCUGCACUGCUGCUGGAGAUUUUUUAUGUAUGGGCCAUAGUGCUUCACAAUUGAAGGUGAAAGAUCCUACAGCAUUUGAAAUUGCAUCCAAUAGACCUCAGUCACUAAAUCCUGAGCAGUCUUGCACCCUUGUGCAAGAAGCUACUGUUUCAUCGGAGCAUACUUUACCCCAAGAAUUCCAACCAGUUAGAGAGAGUAAUGUGAAGUCUUCGGCAGACGUUGUGCAACUUGAGUGUUCAUCAGUGCCAAAAUCUGCAUGCAGUCGUCCUCCUAUACCAGUGAGCCCACACCUUAAACAAUGCCCACCAAAAAUCUCUGCACUUGAAUCAUCAACUUCAACAAUGAGGUCAAGCUUAGAUCAAAAUUCUUCACAAACAUCCACUGGUACUCAAUGCUCUAAAGAUGAUUUUAUUCCCCAAAGUGAAAAAACUGAAGGUGGCCAAUCCCAUGAGAUCAGCGGCGAAGGAAAAGUAACAUCCAUGCAUGUUAACUCUGCACUUAACAAUGAAGAAAUGAAUGCUAAUAAAUCUUACUCUUUGAAAUAUAAUGACACUCCUGAAAAGAGCCUGUCGGAUAGUCCUACAAAUAUUAUAGGUAUCAAAGAACUUGAGGUUCAGGCAACUUCGAAUUGCCUUGCAGAAGGUAGUGAAGCAGCUAAGGGACAAGACAUCGACAGCGAAAUUGAGGAUGUUGACAUUAUGGGUGACUGUGAUACAGAUGUUUCAAUGUCUUUAUUGCUGAGGAAUCAGGUCACAGAUCAGUCUAUGCAAGGAAAAGUAGCAAGCACUGGUCAAGCCAAGACCCCUGGAGAGGUAGCCAGAUAUCUUUUAAAAAGGAAGAUAAAAAGGAAGUUAGACACUGCCUUUUCAAGUUUUGAGCGACCCUGCCCACGUUCCAAGAAACGAUUGCUGAACUCUAUGACAAGGGUUGCUAUGUCUUCAAGCACCCUUGAAGACGAGUUACCUGAAACGUUGACUUAUGAAGUUGAGCAAACAAAAAAUGUUGAAGCAUCAUCUUGUGAUCCAUCUUCCCGGCUACCAUCACACCUUGCGCAUUUACGGCAGUCUUCCUCUGAAGAAAUAAGUAUUGUACAAGAUGACGAACCUAAGCCCGGACCUUCCUCCAUUAAGACACCAAUGAAGAUGCAGCCUAAUUUAUUACAAGGAAAGUCAAAAUUAGGAAAAAAAGUUGUUCGAUUAAAAAAACGGGAAGUGAAGUAUGUUGAUGUGGAGGGUAACAAUGAACAACGCUGCGCUUUGGUUCACAAUGAGCUAGAAAGAAUGCGAAGACGAGUGAUACGCCAUCUAUUUAUUAAUCUCCAACACUGCAUUGCAUCUUUACCAUGCAGUCCUUUAGUGGGUGAAACAGUUUCCCAACCCAAAAUUGCCAUCUUAAAUGCAGCAUCAAAAGUUUGUGAAAAUCUCAGAACAGAAGAAAUUAAACUCUGGGCUGAGGAGGAGAGGAUAAGAAAAGACAGAAGCUCAUUAAUAAAGAAGUUGGCAACUGUUAUAUCUGACACACCUGAAGAAGUGAGGCUGAGAUGGAGACAGUGGGUUCACAACCACAUGCAAAAUCCCACAGCAAAGCAAGCAUUUGAGAAGCAGUGGAAACCUUUAGAGCUCGAGAAAGAGAUAAUUAGUAUAUCAUCUGGAGAAUCGAGCUUUGAUAUGGAUUUAGAUGAAGGAAGCCCCCUGCCAGCGCCAGCGCUAGCACACCCACCAGCACAACCACGCACUACUGCAGAUGGAUCCACAACACCUGUACCCGUUUUGCAACUGGUAAAAAGUAAAGAGACACAUGGGGUACAUAAAGAGAGAAAGAUAAAAAAGAAGCUUGGUAGACCUCAUAAAAUAGUUGUGGACACUAGGUGCCAAAGUGUGAACAUGACACCUGAAGCAACUUCCUCUAUUCCAACAAGCAUAUUACUUAUGGCAGGCACUAGUUCACGAGGAAGGAAGAUUGUCCGCAAAGAAGAUAUGAAUUUUGUAUCGUAGUAGUAGAGAAGACUAUAAUUCCAAAAUGUUUCAUUAUGUGUAAAUUUUAUGGCAAUGUAACUUUUGUCAAAAGUAUCUUAUUAUUUGGUCUACAGUGGGCACUAAAAACUUAAUAUUUUGAAGUGAUAAGAUUGUUGUGAUUGAAUUAUCAAAUUCAGUACCUGUAAUUAUUUCCAUAUCUUGUUAAUGUAUUUUUUAGGUGCAUUUUAAAUUGCUCCUUGUUUUUGCAUUAAUGGCUUGAAUGGGUAGACUUUGAUAGGUUUAUUGGCUGCUAAGGGAACAUGUUUAUAAGGCAGGAUGUAUAGAAUAUUAAGAUGUACAGUGUAUAUAACUUAUGUAUAUAAUAUUAAAUACCAAAGAGAUUGUAAAUAAAUAUGUGCAUGUAACAGCUGAUCAUUACUGUGAUGUAAUUAUUUAAAGCAGGGUCAGGAUUAUUUCAUAAAUUAUAUGACCCUCAAUCGUGCAAUAGCAUUAUUUCUAUAAUUAAGACUUUUAAUUCCUUAACUGUAUAGUUAUGAAUUCCUAACUGGUGUUUGUAUCUUUCAAAUAAAUUUUGAACAAAGUAAACUCAAAUGGUCACCCAGUGUCCUUUAUGAGGAUUAAUUUUAUGAUAGAUGUGUUGCCAAGAAGGAAAAGGAGUAAAAAGCUUGCCCAAUUUGACUUGGGUGUUUGUGUGGAGUCAGUUGUAAAAACUGUUCUGUUAGUGUGAUGGUUCAUGUGGCCUAGCACCUGCUUCAUGUCAUUAUACUGGGGGUGUUGAGGAGCUACUGAGCAAUUACUUUCUUAUAUUAUCAGACUAAAAGAGGAAAAUUAAAUAAUAUUGUUUCCAUGCGAUUUUGAAAGCUGUACAUACCUGUAAUGUUGGUAUAAUUGUGCAGAGAAUAUUUUGAGCACUAUUUGUUGGAUAUAUAAUUUUACAACAUAUAAAUAUGCAACGUAACAAUGAAGUCACCUGAUGACUUAAUAUAUGCCACCUGCUUAAAAUAGCGUGGUAGGUCGGAAAACAAGAAUGGAAAAAAAUAGUCAUGUACAUUACUAUUGUUUCCUAUUCUUUUAGGGCUUAUAAUUACUUCAGUGCUCCACUCUCUAUUUCUCUGAUGUAGUAUGAAAUCUAUUUUGCCAAUGUAUUAUUGUUUUUAAUAUAAUAGAUAUAUUUUGCCCUUGGGAGAUUUCUCUCCACCUUUCUAUUAGUUGCUUUAUUUAUUGGAGUAGACUUUAAUGUUAAAUUACAUUCAUGUCAAGUACAAAGUGAAAUUGAAGCCAAUUGUAUACCACAGCUUUCAUUUAGUAAAAAAAAAAUUCUUCAAUCUGUUAUUUGUUGUGACUAUGUUCCAAAUUGCAGUCUGGUAAAGCAUAAAUAAUCACUGAUGGAGCUAUAUCAAGUUUCGAAUGUUGAGAACAUUUUGCCUGUUAAAUGCUGGCAAAAUAAGAGGUUGAAAUUUGGUCACUUUGCAUAUUUCUAUGACAGUCUCCCAUUUUUUUCUGAAGAGGUCGAAUGAUAGCUAUUGUCACUAGUCACACCAGCCCUUGGAAGUCCUUAAUAGCCUACCAGAGGUCAAAGUGUUACCUCUCCCUUUAGAGGUGCAGGGAUUAAUGAUUUUCACUAUAUGACCCUGCAGACAGUCCACCCAGGUGCUAGGUCAUAUACUUCAUUGAUCCUGUUAAUAACUGACCAUGGCCAGGUGGCAGCACUACGAGAAUGGGAAGAGAAACUAUUGUGAGAAAGAACCAAGUCAAGUCCUAUGCUUCUGGCAUUAUUACAACUGUAAUUGUAAUGCAUUAUUACAAGACUCAGACAUUAGGGUAAAGACAAUCCAUACAAAGCUAUUAUUAAUGUAUUACUGUUUAGCAAAUUACAACCCUAAUUAGAAUCCAUGAACUGGAUUUCAGUUAAAAUGAAUAUGGUUUUGGGCAGUGGUUUUGGUUGUGGAGACAAUACCUUCACCAUCCUGCUCUCCUCGUCAACAUCCAAACUGUAAAGUUCAGAAAAAAUCAAAUAUUAACUAUGUACUUCCUUCUGAAGAAAACAUGGUUUAAUAAAUUUUCACCAUA